AUGAAUGUGCAACUAUGGUUUUACGACCUGUUUUCCGGACUUCAUUAUUUACAAAUCGGACAUGCGGCGGUGCAUCAAGACGUGAAGCCGCAAAACCUAUUAAUAUCCGACGACUUUGUGCUGAAGAUUGGAGACUUUGGGACGCUGAAAAUCCUGGACAAGGCAUGUCGCUACCCCUCGAUGCUGGUGGGAACGCCAAAUUACGUGGCGCCUGAGUAUCUUAAUGCCCGGGAAGUGAUCCUAACCGCUGAGGACCUCUUCAAGGCCGACAUCUAUGGCGCGGGGCUGGUGCUGUGGGAGAUGAUCACACGCAGAGAGGUCAGUUCGGCAUCAGAAGCUCGUGAUUUCACCCUGGGACAGCAUGUUCCGGGGCCGCUUCAAACCGUUUUAUCUCGAUGUGUUGAAAAGACGUUCAGCACACGUGCGACUUGCAAGGAAAUGUACGAGAAAAUCAGCGAAUUUGCAAACAUCCCACGAAACCAAUUCCGUCCCCAAUCCAAUUCUACCAAGAAUUACCUCGUGGACCCGAUCACACAAUGGGCUUUUGAAAAUAUGCAAGCCCCGGCCGGGGCAUGCUCCUGGAUGGAUGGUGGUGAAUACGUUCCUCCGGAAAAUGUUGCCGACAACUGCGUGGAGUUUGAGGAGUUUAUGAAGAAAGUGAAGGCAUCCCCGAACUUUGAUGCAUGGACGAUCAAGAAGCGCCUGUUGGGUCCUCUCGACAACUAUGUCAAAUUUCCCGGAAUCCCCCUCGAUGAUGUCAAGGACAUCAUUUUCGAUGACAAGAAUCCAGGGAAGAUCCGAGAAGCCGUUGUUGAAGCCACACUGCCUCAUUUAUCUGAAGUUUCUUGUAUGGAACAACGAGACUUCCUUGAAGACGUCGAAGCCGAGAAGAAGAAUUAUCUGGAGAAUGGCGGAGACGCGCUCAAAACCGAAUCCGUGCAACUGUCGUGGUACCUCCAGCGAAGAAACCUCUCACCACAUCUAAAUUAUGUGAUGGCACUCCACGGCUUCGACUACGAACUCCAAAACACGGUCAUGUUCUUUGCGUUCGACGUGAUGGCUUUUCGAAAGCUCGAAAGGAUUGGCGGGAAGAUCCGAACAUGUUCGACGCGCAAGAAAAGCAACCGAUUGACCUUCAAGACAUACUGCGCGCUC